AUGCCCCGUCGCUGUAGCAAUUGCCAUCGCGAAACGCCUCCUACUCAGCUAAGAUCUUGUCCACACUGCAGAAAAGAAUUCACUACAUCUUUGCGUGCGUCGCCGUCGACAAUUCCAUUUGCAAAACACGAUCGAAGUCCUCGAAUUUCGUUAGGACAUAUCCGUCCACGAGCAUCAUCAUCAGCAGCAGCACAUAGAAUAACUCCGCGGGAAAAUGACACUCCUGUUUCAUGCCAGUAUAAAAAAGUCUGUGCAGAAUAUUUAUCGUCAUUGAGAUGGGAUAAAAGUUUUUUUGAUCGUCAACAUAACCGUUGUUACUGCGAAAACUGUUAUUCUAGCUCACGCGAAGAUACCACUGUUCAAGGUGGUUCAAAAUAUGUUCUUCCGCGUGGUUGGUGUCGAUUUGGUCUACAUGUUGAUCAAGUUCGCGCUGACAUUGAUCGUAUUUGGAGUAAAUGGAUCGUAACCUAUCACGGAACACGUCCGAUGGCCGCUCAAUCGAUCAUUCAGCACCGUCAAUUUCUCUUACCCGGUGACACUUGUAUAGAUGGUACAAAAGUUGCCAUACUGCCCGACCAUAUUCCCGGAAAAAAUCAUAUUUACACGUCUCCAACGAUCGCGUAUUCAAGUUAUGAAGCUUACUGUCCUCCACAACGCUUUCAUUCACAACAAACUGGUAAAACCUACGAUGCACGCCUUGUUCUUCAAUGCCGUCAACAACCGGGAUCAUACAAAGUACAAGGUGAAACAAUCAAUGCUGGCUCGAAGCGACUGUGCCCAUUUAUACCGAAUGAUCAAAUUGAAAUCUUUACGGAAGUAAGAGCAGCAGUAGUGCCCUAUGGUGUGUUAAUUCAUUUAACUGAAGUUUGA